AUGAUAAGUGUUUUGCACUGGUCUCAAGAAUCAAAACUCUAUUCGCCAGAUACCCGUCAAUAUGUGACAUGCAAAUUGUUUGGAAUAUUAAGAGUUAUCGGUAAUUCUGGAUGCAUUAAACAAAUAUGUCAAGCAUCUGAAUGGGUUGAAUUAUAUUUUAGAAAAGCUUUGUUUACUGAUGAUCAUGGUAAAUUUAGUUCAACAUGCAUCGAAACAGCUACACCAGCUAGAUUAGCUAUGGACUUGGCAUCAUCGUCAAAAUUUUUAAGUAGUGAUGAUGAUGGUCCAUUGAGAAAAAUGGACUUUUUCAACCCAACAUCAAAAUUAGCAAAACAAAAACAAUCAAUUAUAAUUGAUGCAUACAAUGGAGUUUAUCAGGAUAAAAAAACUACGAUAACGGACGCGAAGGAUAUCAACGAUAGAAGCUUGACCAUUUUGAUUCCGACCACUGGUAAUCAAUGGUUUAAAAUUUUGCCUUACUUUGAUUCCAAUGUUACAAAUGGGUAUCCUUAA